AUGAAAGCAUUCACCAGCUUACUAUGUGGACUGGGCCUGUCCACGACGCUCGCCACGGCCAUCUCAUUACAAAGACCGUUGGGUCUAGAUAAGGACAUUUUGCUGAAAACUGCAGAAAAGUUUGGUUUGGAGCUAGACCUGGACCAUCUCUUGAAGGAGUUGGACUCCAAUGUAUUGGACGCAUGGUCUGAGAUAAGCGAACUGUACCCAAACCAGAUAAUGAAUCUUCAGACCUCAACCAAGCCAAAGUUCCCGGAAGCAAUCAAAACGAAGAAAGAUUGGGACUUUGUGGUCAAGAACGACGCAAUUGAAAACUAUCAGCUUCGUGUCAACAAGAUCAAGGACCCUAAAAUCCUGGGUAUCGACCCAGACGUCACACAGUACACGGGUUACUUAGACGUGGAGGACGAGGACAAGCAUUUUUUCUUCUGGAGCUUCGAAAGUAGAAACGAUCCCGCUAAGGACCCGGUCAUUCUUUGGUUGAACGGGGGGCCAGGUUGCUCUUCGCUAACCGGAUUGUUCUUCGAAUUAGGGCCUUCGUCCAUCGGGCCCGACCUGAAACCUAUCGGAAACCCUUACUCUUGGAACAGCAAUGCCACAGUAAUUUUCCUUGACCAACCUGUCAAUGUGGGAUUCUCGUAUUCUGGGUCCUCAGGUGUGUCCAAUACUGUUGCCGCCGGUAAGGACGUCUACAACUUUUUGGAACUGUUCUUUGACCAGUUCCCUGAAUACGUCAACAAGGGCCAAGAUUUCCACAUCGCCGGGGAGUCUUAUGCUGGCCAUUAUAUUCCCGUUUUUGCCUCUGAAAUUUUGUCUCACAAGGACAGAAACUUUAACUUGACCUCCGUCUUGAUCGGUAAUGGUCUCACCGACCCAUUGACCCAGUACAACUACUAUGAGCCAAUGGCCUGUGGUGAAGGUGGCGAACCUUCUGUUUUGCCCUCUGAAGAAUGUUCCGCUAUGGAAGACUCCUUGGAACGUUGUUUGGGUUUGAUAGAGUCCUGCUACGACUCCCAGUCAGUCUGGUCUUGUGUUCCAGCCACCAUUUAUUGUAACAAUGCCCAAUUGGCUCCUUACCAACGUACCGGCAGGAACGUUUACGACAUCAGAAAGGAUUGUGAAGGCGGCAAUUUGUGCUACCCAACUUUACAGGAUAUCGACGACUACCUAAAUCAAGACUACGUUAAGGAAGCUGUCGGUGCUGAGGUUGACCAUUACGAAUCGUGUAACUUCGAUAUCAACAGGAAUUUCUUGUUUGCGGGUGACUGGAUGAAGCCUUACCAUACCGCUGUAACGGAUCUUUUGAAUCAAGACCUGCCCAUUUUGGUCUACGCUGGUGACAAGGAUUUCAUCUGUAACUGGUUAGGCAAUAAGGCAUGGACCGAUGUCUUGCCAUGGAAGUACGAUGAAGAAUUUGCAAGCCAAAAAGUCCGUAAUUGGACUGCUUCCAUCACGGACGAAGUUGCUGGUGAAGUCAAAUCCUACAAGCAUUUUACCUACUUGAGAGUUUUCAAUGGUGGUCACAUGGUUCCGUUCGAUGUUCCCGAAAACGCCUUAAGUAUGGUUAAUGAAUGGAUCCAUGGCGGUUUCUCCUUAUAA